CGCACUCAUACCUUUCUAUCAACUUCACCUUCACGCACAUUCCUAUAUACUCUAUCUUUCCACAAGCUUUAUUCAUAACGGCAAUCAUUUAACACCAAAAAAAAAAAAGUAUACAUUUAAUAAAAAAACAUAAAAAGUCGUACAAAGAAAAAAGCAAUGUCUGAACCAAGUAGCCAUAAACCGACCCCCUUUGCCCAGUUCUGCUUCUUCAAGAGUCUGUCUUACUCACUCUUUGAGGAUGAUUGGAUCAACAUGGUCGAAUCUUGGCAAGCCAUGUUCUCACAAAACAUGACUCCGUUCUUUGCCAAUGCGCCACGUCUGCUUCCUGUCUUCCAUCGCUAUAUGACCUACGCUGAACAGGAUCCAGAGUUCCUUUCCAUGUUGACGAAUGUUCUCAUGUCAACCCCUCUUUUAAUCAAGGUCCAGCAUAUUCUUCAGUCUACGGAGCUCUUUCUGGCUUACGUCGUGGCCCUCAAGCUCGAUGUCCCAUCGGCCUCACACACCCAGGUCAUGCAGUCUCUUCAGACUUUCUUGUCAUCUCUCCCCGAAGAUAAACGCUUGGAGAUCCAGAAGGUCUUCGCUGAGGAGGAGGCGUCCGACUCCAUGGGCUUUACACCAAAUACAUUGGAUACUGCUUUGCAGCUGCUUCACGCAGAUACUCAGCUCUACAUCGAUAUUCUGUCGACUCUACAGCUGAACCAGACCGAGAACAUGCCAUGGGAUGAGGUGUCUUGCAUUGGGCACCCUCCUUCCCCUAGUGCUGAGGAUAUGGAAGCAGACAAUGAUGAUGAUGAUGAUCAUAUCAUUGAGAUGGUUGAAGGGGUCGACUACUACUCGGAUGAAGAUGAAGAUCAAGAGUUGGGAUCGUUCCUUGAGAGCGAAGAAUACAACAAGUAUUUUGCGGCGUUCUUGCAGGAUGUUCAAGAUAUCCAGACGGGUCGCGAUGAGCUUGUUGAUGAUUUCGGCAAGAUAGCCGUCACCGCUGACAACCGCCAGGCAGUCGAGUCUUGUUAAAAGUUCAGAUUUACUUCCGGUCCUAAUCAUCGAGACCACUGUUUACCAUGCUCUGAAUUCGUCUGUUCGACUUUCUCAGCAAACUCGGUAAAAAAAAAAAAAAAAAAAAAAAAA